AUGAACACUGUAGUGUUUUGCACACUUCUAUUAAUCUGCUUGAAUGUUAUCACUCAUGGGCAAGAAGAAUCUUCCAAAAAUACAUCCAAUAGGAAUUUUAUUUCAGAAAAUUUAAAGCCAAACAGAACUUCAUCUUCAAGACCACCAAGACCUACUGCAGUUCUGUCGUACAAAAAUGGAUAUCAAAAUCCAAGUAAGAGACCCUCAGAGAAAGCAUCUGGGUCUUCAACUCCUCCUCUGUGUAUUAAGCAAACAGAAAUACGACAUGCUUUCAAAUACAUCAAUUCUGUGGUCUCCUGCAUGAUCUUUGUGGUGGGAAUCAUUGGAAAUUCUACACUGCUCCGAAUCAUCUACAAGAACAAAUGUAUGAGAAAUGGACCAAAUGUCUUGAUUGCCAGCCUAGCACUUGGAGAUCUGCUCUACAUCCUGAUAGACAUCCCAAUUACCAUUUACAAGCUACUGGCUGUAGACUGGCCUUUUGGAGUUGAAGUAUGCAAGUUUGUACCAUUUAUCCAGAAGGCAUCUGUUGGCAUCACAGUCCUCAGUCUUUGUGCACUGAGCAUUGAUAGGUACCGAGCAGUGGCCUCUUGGAGUCGUGUUCAGGGCAUUGGCAUUCCCUUGAAAAAAGCAUUGGAAGUGAUAGCCAUUUGGUUGAUCUCAAUUGUCUUAGCAAUUCCAGAAGCUAUAGGGUUCAAUAUGGUUUCAAUUAAGUAUCGUGGAGAAGAACUUAAAGUGUGUCUACUCCACCUAUACCAGCCAUCAGGAUUCAUGGAGUUUUACAAGAAUGUGAAAGAUUGGUGGCUCUUUGGCUUUUACUUCUGCCUGCCUCUGGCUUGCACUGGUAUAUUUUACACUCUCAUGACCUGUGAAAUGCUGAGCAGAAGGAACGGGAUGCAAAUUGCUCUCAAUGAUCAUAUAAAGCAGCGACGUGAGGUAGCCAAAACAGUCUUCUGUCUGGUGGUUAUCUUUGCGAUGUGUUGGCUCCCACUGCAUUUAAGCAGAAUCUUGAAGAAAACUAUUUACGAUGAACAAGACCCCAAUAGAUGUGAACUACUCAGUUUUCUUCUAGUUCUGGAUUAUAUUGGGAUUAAUAUGGCUUCUCUUAACUCCUGCAUAAAUCCAGUCGCAUUAUACUUUGUCAGUCAAAAAUUCAAGAACUGCUUCAAGUCCUGCUUGUGUUGUUGGUGUCAACGGUCAACUCUGAGCAGACCAAUGGAUGAGAAAAUGGCUGUUGUCAAAUGGAAAGCCAACGGCCAUGCAAAUGGCCUGGAUCGGAGCAGUUCGCGCUUCAGUAACAAAUACAGCUCAUCUUGAACUUUUUUUAAUUUAAAAAGUUAAAAGUAGGAAAGCAGCUCCUGGCUCUCCACUGCCACAUAAAACAGUUUCAUACAUGUACUUAAAUGCAUUAUAUUUUAGAAAAUCGAAAGCAUACGUCUAUCUGCACAUUGACGGUCUUUGGAUGUUUGCAGUAAUGAAUAAAAACAAAUCACCUCUUUUGACCACAAUAUUUCAGUGCAAAGGUGUUUCUUUAGGUCAUCACUCACUUUUGAUGCUUAUUGCCGAAGAGAACAUCAAACUAAAGUACAAAUAGAUUACUCUCUGAGCUAAAGACCAUCUCGGUAAUUAUGAAAAGAAACUGAAAAUUAUGGUUAGAAACCUUACUAAAAUAAGAACUUUAAGCACUACUGAUUUCCCAAGAAGUUUUAAAGAUGUCCAAUGGUAACUAUGCACUGAUUCUCUUUGCACUUGAAAGACAUGCCCAUCUUUGGAGUAAAACCCAUUUGUCUUCCUUAAAUGGUUCUUAGUAGGGUUGUGUUGCACACUCCCAUACAGAUUGGUUGCAUUGCAGUAUCUCUGCACCAGAGCACUGUUAUUUUGUUCAAAGAAUUCCCAAUUAGGAGUUUUCUAAAUCUUAGUUCUGUAUUUUUUCUAAACAGUAGGAUUUGAGUAGGUACCGAACUCCUAUUGCGAGGGAGAUGUGUGUCAACAAUCUUCCCUAUUUACAGGCAGCUCACACUUUCAAUAAGAAAGCAACCAUUUCAUUUAUGAUCAAUGUAUAAAGAAAAAUUCAGCUUAAAAACCACAAAUAUAGCUAUCCAUAAUACAUGGCUGAUAAGAUUAAAUUUUCAAACCAAGAAAAAAUUGGCAUAAGAUAUUGUUAAAAGCCAAGCUAACUUUUAAUAGCUAGAAUGUAAGAAUAAACAGUGGCACCAGGGACAGGCAAAAGAGAAAAGACACUCCACAAACAAUAUAAUUAAUUAAUUAGUUACUUUGUUCAAUUUCACCCUCAUUAACUUGAAUACUCUUAUGGGCAAUGUGGCUUGAGUUUGAAUAAUACAGAUUUAAUUAUGCACUCUGCACAGUAAUACAAUACACAAAAAACGAAGGGAGAGCAUUUUAACAUCCCAAAAACUGUUUUGUUCUCAAGGCCUGAUUACUAUUUUCACCUCAGUCUUAUUUAUAAGAUUUUUAUUGCCAGCUUUUAGUUUUCAGAAUGUCUCAUUAAUGAGCCAUCAAUGGCUUUACCUGGUGAAACCAGGUACAUAAUAUUCAUGAUCUUUCUUUUCCCGUGUACAUUAUACACUGUUCAAGUAGCAACUGACGGCUAACAGAAAUAUAUUGUGUCAAAGAAAGUGAAAAGCUCCAAGCACAAAUAAAAUGAUUGUGAAUGGGAUACGCUGUUCAACAAUGC